ACCACACCAGUCACCACCAACUUUCUUUCUCUCCUUUUUCACUUUUUUUUCUUCUCAGAAUCAGAAUCAUUCCUCAAAAAUAUUAGUGGGUCGGUGCUUUCAUUUCCAUUUUCCUUCAUUUUUCGCUGUCAAACACACCCCCCAUUUGUAAAAAGUCUCCAUUUUCAUUCGUGGUAAAUAGAAUAUCAAGUGUUUUAAUACAGAAUUUUCCAUUGAAAAAAAGUAUUUUUGAGUGUUAAAGUGAAGAGAAUUAAGGUUGCUAUCUAGUUGAGAUUGAGAUUGGAAAAGAAAAAAACAUACAUACACACAAAAGAAAAUAAAGCUCCAAGCUUUCAUCAUACGUUUUGGUUUUUGUUGGUGGAGGAUGAACAUCACUGCGAAUUUGGAUUGCCCCUGUUCUGUUUGUUGAUUUGCUUAAAUGGUUCAAUCAACUUUUGAAGGAUAUGAAUUCAUCAUUUGGUGCAGCCAUGGAUUUUGCUGUGCAUAGCUACUGAUGGAGCUCUUCAUGAACUGGUGAUUAUAGAAUUUGGAUUUGUUUGAGUCACUGAACAUUGUUGAAGAUAAGCCUGAUCAAUCUUCCUAGUCAAGUUUGAUCAAUAUGCUGCAAGUGUUUGAUUAGAUGCCAAUUAUAAAAGCUGAAGCCUUAUUAAUGGUUGUGUCUCAGUUUGGACUUUUCUUUGAAGAGAGGAGAAGAUGACUGGGAUUUGCUUCAGCUUUCUCUGUGGAAACUUUUAGAAUUCAGUAGAAAUAAACAAGGUAUUGAUACCUUACCCUCCAAAGGAGGCUAUGACUAUGACUCCUUGAGCUUCACUCAGUUGAGAAACUUGGGGAGCUGAACUUGAAUUCCUAGAUUCUUUGUUUGAUUCAAAAAGCCUCAUAGUAGCAGGUAGCAUGAUCUUACCACUGAAGUGAUUCGGAUGACAAUUGUAAUAAGGCCUAAAGACGAAAGAACAUAGUCAACUGUGCCCAAUCAUUAUGGCAAAGAAGUCUCAGAGGCGCUCCAUCCGGUAUGAGAAAGACAAGUCAGGGUGUAUGUGGGGCUUUAUUAGUAUGUUUGAUUUCCGCCAUGGUCACUCAACUCGCAAGUUGAUUGCAGAUAGAAGGCGAAGCAGCAAGCAUGUUGUUGGAGGUGUGCCUUCUAAGAACAAGUUUGAGAUGUUGAGCGAUUUGGAUGAAGUUUCUCAUGACAAUUUUGACACUAUAGAGAGUAAGAGGCCAACAGUGAAAACUGGUGCUGUUAAGCAUAGUGUGAAGAAACUCAUAGAAGAAGAGAUGUUCAUUGAUCAAACCACAGAGAAGGACGUACAUAAUGCCAAAGUAGAACCAAAUGGAUCCAGAUUAAGAUGUGAAGUUCCACAGCAGACGGAUUACAAAAGGAAAAAGAAAUCUAGCAGUAAAAGCUGUGAUAUGGACAUUAAUAAUCUGAAUUUGGAUGCAACCAUGAAAUCCAAGUACUUGCAUAAUCAACACUCCCGGCGGCAAUCAAAAGAUGAUCUUGAUCUGGAUAACAUAAUUCAAGAGUUUUGUCACUUUAAAGAGUCUUGUUCUGUGAAGCAUGGCAAUGAUAGAGGAGUUCAUAGUCAGUCAAACCAGAAGCAUGCAAUUUCUGAAAACAUUGCAAGAGAGGUAAUUCAUGAAUUUGUGAAUCAGAUGAUACUGAAUGGCAAAGAUCUGGCAGAAGCUAGAAAAUACCUUCAUUCCCAUGAACUUAUGGAAGCACUUCAGUUUAUAAGCUCAGACAAGGAAUUGUUUCUUGCACUUCUACAAAACCCAAAUUCACUUUUGUUGAAAUGUAUACAAGAGUUUGCGAAAUCUCAUGGGAGAGAUAACAAUGAAUAUAGUUCUGUUACUUGUUCCAACUUCACUGAACAAGAUCUUGGAAAUGAGGAACAAACAAGGGAGACUCUAAACCACAAGAAGCAUAACUUCUUCAGGAAAAAAACAAAGUCUCAGCCGAAAAAUCCAACAAAUGAGAAUGGCAAAACUGAGACUUCAAAUAGAAUUGUAAUUCUGAAGCCUGGAUCAAUGGGGUUGCAAAGUUCUGAAACCAGAAACAACAUUGCCUCAUCCCUGCAAUCUCAUGAUACUGCCAAACACAGUAGUCCUUCUGCAAGAGGUAGUUCACAUUUUUCGCUUACAGAUUUAAAAAACAAGUUGAAGCAUGCAAUGGGGAGAGAGAAACAUGCAAGUCCUGAAGGCAUCUCAAAAAGAUACCCUGCUGAAUGUCAAAGGCCCAGCAACAAAGCCAUUCUUAAAGACAAUGUUGGAAUGAGAUCUCCUAACAAAGAUCAUUUCUUCCUUGAGAAAAUUGCAAGGCCUACUAAACUGAAAGAUCCGGAAUUGAUUGUCGAGCAAGAAAGUGGUAGUUAUAAAAAGAAAAGGGCAUCUCACUUAUACACUGAGGCCAAGAAGCAUCUGUCUGAAAUGAUAGGUAGUGGUGAUGAGAACAUGGACAUGUCGAGUAGGCAGAUUUCCAAGACCCUUGGGAGAAUUCUGUCCCUUCCGGACUACAACUUUUCUCCCUUUGGCAGUCCUUCAAGGUGUUGGGAGCAUCAUUUUUUGACUGAACAGACAAGAUUUUCUACCUCGGAUAAAACUUGGGAGGCUUAUGACAACAUGUCCCCCAAACAGGCAACCUUUGUGAAUAAUUUAGCUCAGGAAACUGAUAAUCCAGAGAAGCAGUCAACUAUAUGUGACAGAAGCUCUAAUAAUUUAGUACGAGAAAUUAAGUUGGAAUCCAAUUUUCCUGAUGAACUUAGUCAUGUUGAUAAAGCAGAAGGCUACUGUGCUGUUAAAGACGAGAUAGUUGUCGAAGGUGAUGUAGAAUCUGAAAAAGAGAUCAAUAUCUUGGAAUCUUUCUCAGAACCAAUUCGCCUCAGCAUUAGAAAUGAGGAACAGAGUUGUGAUAUCUUAGAAAUUACUGAGGAAGGUAUAGGCGAAAACCAACAAUCUACCCCACCAUCAUCAUCUCACUCAACAUUCACAAAGAAAACUGAAGAGCUAGAAAGUGGUGCAGAAAUGUGUGGGAGGCCAAGUCCUGUAUCUGUUCUUGAUACACCAUUCAUAGAGGAUGAAAUCAGCCCUGGUUACUCCGAAUAUCAACCUAUUCAAGUAGCAGUACGGCCGCUAAAUAUUGAAUUCGAAGAACAAGACUAUUCACCUGUGAACCAAAUCCAGAAAGGAAAAUAUUGCCUUGAAGAAAAUGAAUUGAUAUACAAGUACAUCAAAGCAGUCCUGCAAGCCUCUGAAUUGACUAUGGAUCAAUUAUUGAUGAAAUGCCAUUCCUCGGAUAAGAUACUAGAUCCUUCAUUGUUUGAUCAGGAAGAGCUUCCAGCAAACCAGCUUUGUCAUGAUCAGAAGCUUCUUUAUGACUGUAUCAAUGAAGUUCUGAUGGAGGUUUGUUGGCAUUACUUUGCUGUCUCACCUUUUGUAUCCUUUGUGAAGAAUCUUAGCAUAAGGCCAAGUCCAAACAUGAAAGUGGUUAUUGUCAAGGUUUGGGAAGCAAUGUGCUGGCAUCUCCUUCCCUUACCCCCGCCUCGAACUUUGGACAAAAUUGUCAGGAAAGACAUGGAAAAAAGUAGCAUCUGGAUGGAUCUUCGGUUUGAUGCUGAAGCCGUUGGUUUCGAAAUGGGAGAGAUCAUUCUUGCAGAACUCAUGGAGGAUACAAUAUUGAGUUGUACAUAUCUGGAUUAGACAUUCUGAUGCUUCAAACUGUUGUCAGUUUCGAUUCGAAUUGAAGGACAAGAAGAGUGGAAGCAAUGUGUAAAUGAUUACUGAUUUACUGACUACUUCUUGUUCUUGCCACCUUUGAUGUCCUUCAAAGCUUCAUUCAUGGCAUUUCUGAAAUAGUAAAUAGUUAAAACAGUUAGUGAAGAUACUCUAAUAUGGGCAAGAAGUGAAAGGGAAGCAAGUUGCAACUGCUUCUUGCAAAAGUAGAAACAAAAUUCUUGUCUUUAGAGUGACAAAGUAUGAGUUUUCUUGGGACCAAAGGUGUUUGAUUGUAGAUUCUGUGGAGUUUGAUUUUCUGGUUAAUUUAGUUGGUGUGUGCUAUAAUUUUGUUGGUAAUCAUCCUUACUUGUUUUGUGUAUUUUAUUUUUGAUCAAGUUGUUGAAUUUACAAGCUUUAAAAUUGUAACUUUGAAGUUAGUACUAUACUAAUGAGUAAUGAUUAUCUCUGCUAUA